UUUCGCUCGAAAACCCUAGGGACAGUCUAAAAGCUCAAAUCACCGCCGCGUCUGAGAGCCUUAGCUUUUGUGAGAGCAGAGAUGAAGGUUGUCGCCGCUUACUUGCUCGCUGUUUUGGGCGGCAACGCCAGCCCCUCCGCCAAGGACAUCAAGUCCAUUCUCUCCUCCGUUGGAGCUGAGGCCGAUAGCGACAGGAUUGAGUUGCUAUUGAAGGAGCUCAAGGGGAAGGAUAUUACCGAGAUCAUUGCGUCUGGGAGGGAGAAGUUGGCUUCCGUGCCCUCUGGUGGCGGCGGAGUGGCUGCGGCUGCCCCGGCAGCUGCUGGUGGUGCUGCGGCGCCUGCUGCUGCUGAGCAGAAGGAGGAGAAGGUUGAAGAGAAGGAAGAGUCUGAUGAUGACAUGGGCUUCAGCCUCUUCGACUAAGAGAUUUUUCAGUCAGUAUGCUUGCAUCAAGGCGAGUUUGAUCUUUUAGGUAGAAUGGAUGUCAUAAUGUUUUCAGUUUGUAGUUUGAUAUGCUCACAUUUUUCUAUAAUGUGAUAGUGAUGUUAAGACACUGUUGAGCAAAGUUUAUCUUUUUCAUUUGAUGGAUGCUUAUGGUUGUGUGAA